UAAUAAAGCUCCUGGAUGCCAGCCCAGGGGCAUGAUGUGUGGCUCAUAUUCAUCUGACCGGCUCCCUGCUCUCCCAUCCACACCUGAGCUCUGUCAAUUCCAGCCAACUGCAGCGUGUCUGAGGUGUCCAUCCUUGUGUGACCGUCCGAGCAGAAUGGUGGCCUUUAAGGGAAUCUGGACCAAGGACUUCUGGAGGGCUGUGUCCGGGGAGUUCCUGGCCACCCUCAUCUUCGUUCUCCUCAGCCUGGGCUCCACCAUCAACUGGGCCGCGCGGGAGGAGAAGCCCCCGUCUGCAGACCUGGUCCUCAUCUCUCUCUGCUUCGGCCUCAGCAUCGCCACCAUGGUGCAGUGCUUCGGACACAUCAGCGGGGGCCACAUCAACCCCGCGGUGACGGCGGCCAUGGUGGUGACCAGGAAGCUGAGCCUGGCCAAGGCCGUGUUCUAUGUGGGGGCCCAGUGUCUGGGGGCCAUUUCUGGGGCAGGCCUCCUCUACCUGGUCACCCCGGAGGCUGUCAGAGGGGGUCUGGGAGUCACCACAGUGAACUCCCAGAUCUCGGUAGGCCAUGCCCUUGUGGUCGAGCUCCUCAUCACGUUCGAGCUGGUCUUUUCCGUGUUCGCCACCUGUGACCCCAAACGCAGCGACCUCACUGGCUCGGCAGGCCUGGCCAUCGGGAUCGCGGUCACCAUCGGCCACCUGUUUGCUAUUCCAUACACUGGAGCCAGCAUGAAUCCAGCUCGUUCGUUUGGACCGGCAAUGGUCACACUGAACUUCGAGAAUCACUGGGUGUACUGGGUGGGUCCAAUCCUGGGGGGCAUCCUGGCGGCUGCCCUGUACGAGUACCUGUACUGCCCCGACCCAGAGCUGAAGAGCAGGCUGCAGGGCGUCUUCAAGAAGGACACGUCUGGGAAGUACCUGGAGGUGGAGAGUGGUGUGUACCAGGGAGACCCUGAUGACCUGGUCAUCAAGCCUGGCUCCAUCCACGCCGGUGACCUGGACAAGUCCCAGAAGAAGGACCCUCCCCGGGACUGUUCGGGUGAGGUGCUGUCCUCGGUAUGACUAUCACGCGCCCUGGAGAUGGAGACCAACCUGUAGAGCAUGGGGGUGCAUGGGCAUGCAGUGAGAGUGACAUCUCCACCCUCCACUCUGGUUUCUGGCCAGAGACUCCGUCUUCAGAGCGAACGUCGAGAGCUUGGCUUCCUGCCUCAUCAGUUGUGUUACCUCGGGUUUCAGGCCUCCAAUGGAAGAAACAACUGGCUUAUGUGGGACUUUGAACAUUGCUCUCCCCAACCUAUCACCCUUUCUUCUCCUUUUAAAUCUACUGGUGUUCUGCAUGUCAGACUGUUCCACUAGUGAUACAUUCUGUCAGCGAGACAUGUGUAGGUCGAACAAUUAUGUCAGGUCAUCACGCUGAAGAUGGGAAGGCAAGUCAAACGCAGCCUUGUUAUUUUUGGAUUAGUGUCACAUUUUGAAUAUGCGUAUGCAUUGACUGAAGAGGCCUUCUCAGGGGUCGUUGAGCACAUUACAAAUCCCAUGUUGAACAGUUUCUAGUCAUAGGUCGAUAGAUUUAGCCAUCCUUCCGAGUAUUUGGGGGAUUGUCCCUUUUUGGCCAUGUUAGUCAGGAAAAUGUCUGCCAUAUUUUGAUUCUACAUUUGUAAAAACGUUAGUUUCUUCAAUUUUUGUGGAUGUUUUAUCACAUAAUAGAUGUUAGAUAAAAGUCAAACUAGAAAUCUGAAGAUUUUCAUGUGUCAUAGUUGUGAUUUUAACUUUU